AUGAGUCGUUAUCCAGUCUACGGGGUCUCCGAAGAUCCCGUUUGGACAAGAGGACAAUCAGCUGGCCCUCCCCAAGCGAGCACUCAAUAUGUCCACCAAAAUCCGUACCCAAGUGGAAAUAUGAGUCCCUAUCACACAACAGUCGUCCAUUCGACUCACAAACCGGUGAGCGAUGCCGAUGUUUACAGAGUUGGCAUCUACGGUUGGCGCAAACGUUGUCUUUAUGUAUUCAUCGUCAUUCUCACCAUUCUCAUUGUUCUCAAUUUGGCCGUCACCCUUUGGAUAAUGUCUGUUCUCGAUUUCUCGAAGGAUGGAAUGGGAGCGCUGCGAAUUGAGAAUGAUGGGAUUCGAGUGAAAGGAAGGGCACAAUUCGAUCGACCCGUUCAUUUAUCGCAUCUGUCAACGGCCAGGGAUGAAGCCUUGUUGAUCGAUUCUUUUCGAGGAGUCAAUAUUCAGGCGAGAAAUCUCAGCGGACAAGUGGCCAGUCGCUUGAGUCUCAAUUCAGAGGGAAGAGCCACUGCCGUUUGCGAGCGUUUCGAGAUUUUCGAUCGGGACAAUAAGCUUUUGUUUUUCGCCGACUCGGAUGAGAUCGGUUUGAAGCUGGAGAAUUUGAGGAUUCUUGAUGAUGGAGGCAGUGUUUUCGAGGGAGCAAUACAGACGGCUUUCAUUCGACCCGAACCGGACACUCCGUUGAGAUUGGAAUCACCGACUCGUUCGGUUUCAAUCGAGGCCGGACAAGACGUCGAAAUGUUGUCAUCGGCCGGGGAAAUUCAUCUGCAAAGUCUUCUCGAUUUGAGUCUUGUCAGUAAACAAGGAGAGAUCCGCUUGGAUUCAUCAAAUAUCUACAUGAAUGGGAUGACAAAAUCUCUUGGAAGAGGACAACCACACAAUCAAUUGUGUGUAUGUACAAAUGGUCGUCUAUUCAUGGCCGCUCAGGGUGCCGAUUGUCGAGCCGAUCGAAAUAUUUGUGAA